AUGGCUGAGGAGGCUCACCGUCGUUAUGCCGAGAUCAUGCGUGAUGUAGAGCUUAUGAUUGAUGAUCACAUUAGCCGUCAGCAAGACGACAGUAUGCUCCCAUCAAAGUUACGGAUGCUGAUCCCCACUGCGGGCCCCUUUUUCACGCGCCUCCCUCUUGAGGCCGCCUUCAAGUACCAAGACAGAAAACGGUACAUCUCAUCUCGGAGAUUCGUUGCUCCAUCCUUCAACGAUGUUCGUCAAAUUCUCAACUCAGCGCAGUCUAUGGCUGUUACCAAUGGAUCUCUCCAACUGGCCACGUUUGAUGGUGAUGUGACACUGUACGACGAUGGGUUCAACCUGGAGCCCACGAGCCCCGUGAUUCCUCGUCUUCUCGACCUUUUGCGCAAAAAUAUCAAGAUUGGUAUUGUUACAGCUGCUGGCUACACCUCUGCUGACCGCUACUAUGAGCGCCUUCACGGAUUGCUUGACGCCAUUGCCGAGUCGACUGAUCUAGACCCUGUGCAAAAGCAAAGUAUCAUCAUCAUGGGAGGUGAAGCGAACUAUUUGUUCGAAUACUCGCCCUCUUCGCCCUGCAAGCUAGCACCUGUCCCACGUACCCAGUGGCUGACACCCGAGAUGGCCUCAUGGUCGGAUGCUGAUAUUACAAGAUUGCUGGAUGUCGCCGAGAAUGCACUCCGUGAUUGCGUCAACAAUCUUAAUUUGCCUGCCAUGAUCAUGCGCAAGGACAGGGCGGUAGGAAUCAUCCCCAAGACACCGGGAACUCGUAUUGCUCGUGAGAGCCUUGAAGAGACCGUCCUGGUCGUUCAGCGCAUCCUUGAGCUUAGCAGCCUCGGGUCUAGCGAAGAGCGCCCAACGAAGCACCGCCCAAGCUCUCCACCUAUCCCACCCUCAGUGGCAAGUCAAUCCCGCCGUGUACCAUUCUGUGCUUUCAACGGCGGCAACGACGUGUUUGUUGAUAUUGGUGAUAAGAGCUGGGGUGUAACUGUUUGCCAGCAGUGGUUUGGAAGCAAGGAAAAUGGCGGCGCUAUUCGCGGCGAGAACACGCUGCACGUAGGCGAUCAAUUCUUGAGUGCAGGCUCCAACGACUUCAAGGCACGUAGUGUCGGCACCACGGCAUGGAUCGCAAGCCCUGCCGAGACCGUCGAGCUCCUCGACGAGCUGGCUGAUAUGAUGCAGAAGAAGCUAUCUUGA